AUUAUCGCAAGAAGUUGGUUCCUAACAUAGGAAAAACUCCCCGUAAGCUUCUUAAAACAAUAAAAUCUCAUUCCGGACGUAAUAAUCAAGGAAGAAUUACUAUGCGACACCAAGGAGGUGGCCACAAAAGGGUCUAUAGAGUAAUUGAUUUUAAACGUUAUGGUAAAGACGGUAUUGAAGGUGUAGUUAAAACAAUCGAGUAUGAUCCUAAUCGUAAUUGUUUUAUUUCGUUAGUAAGUUACCGAGAUGGUAGUUUUGUUUUUAUAAUUGCUCCAGAAGGAUUGAGGGUAAAUGACAAGAUAAUGAGUGGAGAAGGAGAAAAUAUUCCUUUAAAGGUGGGUAAUAAUCUUCCUUUGCGUUAUAUUCCAAUUAACACCCCAAUUCAUAAUUUAGAACUAAAGUUAAAAAAAGGUGGUCAAUUGCUUCGCAGUGCUGGUACUUAUGGGGAAAUAAUUGGUAAAGAACUAG